CGGAAGUGGAGCAUGUGAGCGAUGUGCCUCGCGGGCCUCGGCGCGUUUUGUUCGGCCGCGGCCGGUUCCACAUGUUCGGACGGCUUUGCCGAGCACUUGCAGCCGCCCCGAAAUCGACAUCCGUGUGGCGCUCGGCUUGUUUUCAAGGCCCUGAGGACGCUCUUGCUUUUUGCAUCUCCUCUCUCUCUGGUUGGUCCCUCCCCCUCUCUGUGCCCUGGGGAUGAACGCACCAAUGAGGAGCCUCACAGGUAUGCCUGAUCGCAUGUUAUGUGCAGUGCUGGAGCAAUUUCAGCUUUACUUUUCCCUUUGAUCCACUCUCUGUAUAGCACGGCAAGCCCCAGCAUGCUGAAGAGGAAACAAAGCUCCAGGGUCGAGACCCAGCCCAUGACCGACUUCGGGCCUGAUGAGACUCUAGCAGACAGCGCCGACAUCUUCUGGAUCAACAAAGCAUGGGUGCACACCCUGCUGCGAGCCUGCGCCAUCAUCAGCGUCAUCUCGGUGUGCAUGAACACCCCCAAGACAUUUGAGCACUACCCGCCCCUGCAGUAUGUGACCUUCACGCUGGACACGCUGCUCAUGUUCCUCUACACGGCCGAGAUGAUCGCCAAGAUGCACAUCAGGGGAAUCAUCAAGGGGGAUAACUCUUAUGUGAAAGAUCGCUGGUGCAUGUUUGAUGGAUUCAUGGUCUUUUUCAUCUGGGUGUCCCUGGUGUUGCAGGUGUUUGAGAUAGCGGAGCUGGUGGAUCAGAUGUCUCCAUGGGGGAUGCUGAGAAUCCCCAGAGCGCUCAUUAUGAUCCGGGCCUUCAGGAUCUACUUCCGCUUUGAGCUUCCUCGCUCCCGCAUCACUAACAUUCUUAAGCGCUCUGGGGAGCAGAUCUGGAGUGUAUCCAUCUUCCUGCUGUUCUUUCUCUUGCUUUAUGGAAUUCUGGGUGUGCAGAUGUUUGGAACCUUCAACCAUCACUGCGUUACCAAUGACACACAAAAAGGCAAUGUGACUUGGAAUAGCUUGGCCAUCCCGGACACCCACUGCUCCCCCGAUGGUGAGGGCUACCAGUGUCCUCUGGGCUUCAAGUGUAUGGACCUAGAAGAACUGGGCCUCAGCAGGCAGGAACUUGGCUACAGCGGCUUCAAUGAGCUGGGGACAAGCAUCUUUACUGUGUACGAGGCUGCCUCUCAGGAGGGUUGGGUGUUCCUCAUGUACCGAGCAAUUGACAGUUUCCCUCGCUGGCGCUCCUACUUCUAUUUUAUCACUCUCAUUUUCUUCCUGGCGUGGCUCGUGAAGAACGUGUUCAUUGCCGUCAUCAUCGAAACCUUUGCUGAAAUCCGAGUUCAAUUUCAGCAGAUGUGGGGCUCCAGGAGUAGCACCACAUCCACGGCGACCACACAGAUGUUCCACGAAGAUUCUGCCGGCGGAUGGCAACUCGUAGCCGUGGACGUCAACAAACCACACGGCCGAGCGCCUGCCUGCCUCCAGCAACUGAUGCGCUCAUCUGUGUUCCACAUGUUCAUCUUGAGUAUGGUUGCCGUUGACGUGAUCGUCGCUGCGAGCAACUACUACAAAGGCGAGAACCACCGCAGGCAUUAUGAUGAGUUUUACCUGGCAGAGGUGGCCUUUACUGUUCUGUUUGACCUGGAAGCUCUUCUGAAGAUCUGGUGUCUGGGCUUUAGCGGCUACUUCAGCUCCUCCCUGCACAAGUUUGAAUUGUUGCUGGUGGUGGGCACCACGCUGCACAUUUACCCGGAUCUCUACCACUCCCAGUUCACCUAUUUCCAGGUCCUUCGAGUGGUACGUUUGAUAAAGAUCUCCCCAGCAUUAGAAGACUUUGUCUACAAGAUAUUUGGACCAGGUAAAAAAUUAGGCAGCCUGGUGGUGUUCACAGCCAGCCUCCUCAUCGUCAUGUCGGCCAUCAGUCUGCAGAUGUUCUGCUUUGUGGAAGACCUGGACCGCUUCACCACCUUCCCCAGGGCGUUCAUGUCCAUGUUCCAGAUCUUGACACAGGAGGGCUGGGUGGACGUCAUGGACCAGACCCUGGUAGCAGUAGGUCACAUGUGGGCUCCAGUCGUGGCCAUUUACUUCAUCCUCUACCAUCUGUUUGCUACCCUGAUUCUGCUCAGUCUUUUUGUGGCAGUUAUAUUGGACAAUCUUGAGCUCGAUGAAGACUUGAAAAAGCUCAAGCAGCUCAAGCAAAGCGAGGCAAAUGCCGACACCAAAGAGAAGCUCCCUCUCCGCCUCCGGAUCUUUGAAAAGUUCCCCAACCGACCUCAGAUGGUGAAGAUCUCCAAGCUGCCGUCGGACUUCACCGUGCCCAGAAUCAGGGAGAGCUUCAUGAAGCAGUUCAUCGACAGGCAGCAGCAGGACCCCAGCUGUUUGUUCCGAAGACUCCCCUCGGCCUCGUCGUCCUCCUGUGACCACUCCAAGCGCUCGGCCAUUGAAGACAGCAAGUAUAUCGACCAAAAGCUUCGCAGGUCAAUAUUUAGCAUCCAGGCUCGGAACCUGCUGGAAAAAGAAACGACUAUCAAUAAAAUACUACGGGCGUGCACCAGACAGCGGAUGCUGAGCGGCUCGUUGGACGGCCAGCCGGCCAAGGAGCGUUCCAUCCUCAGCGUGCAACAUCACAUUCGCCAAGAGCGCAGGUCGUUGCGGCACGGCUCCAGCAGUCAGAGGAUCAGCCGAGGGAAGUCGAUGGAAACGCUCACCCAGGACCAUUCGAGCACCGUCCGCUACCGAAACGCCCAGCGAGAGGACAGCGAGAUCAAGAUGAUCCAAGAAAAGAAAGAACAAGCAGAGAUGAAACGAAAAGUUCAGGAGGAGGAGCUAAGGGAGAACCAUCCGUACUUCGAUAAGCCUCUCUUCAUUGUCGGCCGGGAGCACCGCUUCAGGACCUUCUGCCGGAUGAUCGUUCGAGCUCGCUUCAAUGCAUCUAAAACGGACCCCAUCACAGGAGUGGUGAAGAACACAAAGUACCACCAACUGUACGACCUGUUGGGCCUGGUGACCUAUUUGGACUGGGUGAUGAUCAUCGUCACCAUCUGCUCGUGCAUCUCCAUGAUGUUUGAGUCGCCCUUCACCAGGGUCAUGCACGUGCCCACGCUGCAGAUCGGGGAGUACGUCUUCGUCAUCUUCAUGAGCAUCGAGCUGAACCUGAAGAUCAUGGCGGACGGUCUGUUCUUCACGCCCACGGCGGUCAUCAGGGACUUCGGAGGUGUGAUGGACAUCUUCAUCUACCUCGUGAGUCUCAUCUUUCUGUGCUGGCUGCCGCACGACGUCCCUCCCGAGUCUGGCGCUCAGCUGCUGAUGAUGCUGCGCUGCCUGCGACCUCUCAGGAUCUUCAAGCUGGUGCCCCAGAUGAGGAAGGUGGUGCGGGAGGUCCUCAAAGGCUUCAAGGAGAUUUUCCUGGUUUCCAUUUUACUUCUCACGCUAAUGCUCGUGUUCGCCAGCUUCGGAGUUCAACUGUUUGCCGGAAAGCUGGCCAAGUGCAAUGACCCCCAUGUUCUCAGACAGGCCGACUGUCACGGUAUAUUCAGGAUUAACGUCAGCGUUUCCAAAAAUCUCAACCUGAAACUGAAACCCGGAGAGAAGAAGCCAGGAUUCUGGGUUCCAAGAGUCUGGGCCAACCCUCGCAACUUUAAUUUUGACAAUGUGGGAAACGCCAUGUUGGCGCUGUUCGAGGUGCUGUCGCUGAAAGGAUGGGUGGAAGUCCGAGAUGUCAUUAUUCACCGAGUUGGACCGAUCCACGGCAUCUACAUCCACGUCUUCGUGUUCCUGGGGUGCAUGAUCGGACUCACGCUGUUUGUGGGCGUUGUCAUCGCAAACUUCAAUGAAAACAAAGGCACAGCUUUGCUGACUGUGGAUCAGAGGCGAUGGGAAGAUUUGAAGAGCCGCCUCAAAAUUGCCCAACCUCUCCACCUCCCUCCUCGUCCAGAGAACGGGGGUUUCCGGGCCAAGAUGUACGACAUCACGCAGCACCCUUUCUUCAAGCGCGGCAUCGCCGUGCUGGUGUUGGCUCAGUCGGUGCUGCUCUCAGUCAAGUGGGAUGUCGACGACCAAGUAACGUUCCCUCUCGCCACCAUGUCGGUGGUCUUCACCUUUAUAUUUGUACUGGAGGUAACCAUGAAGCUGAUAGCCAUGUCUCCCGCCGGUUACUGGCAGAGUCGACGGAAUCGUUACGACCUGCUGGUGACGUCGCUCGGCGUCAUUUGGAUCGUGCUUCACUUUGCCCUCCUGAAUGCAUAUACCUACAUGAUGGGGACAUGCGUGAUCGUCUUCAGAUUCUUCACAAUAUGUGGGAAGCACGUGACGCUGAAGAUGCUCUUGCUGACCGUGGUGGUCAGCAUGUACAAGAGCUUUUUCAUCAUCGUGGGGAUGUUCCUGCUCCUCCUCUGUUACGCCUUUGCGGGCGUCGUUCUCUUCGGCACCGUCAAGUACGGCGAGAACAUCAACCGGCACGCCAACUUCUCCACGGCGGGCCAAGCGAUCACGGUCCUCUUUCGCAUCGUCACAGGGGAGGACUGGAAUAAAAUCAUGCACGACUGCAUGGUGCAGGCUCCGUUCUGCACCCCGGAUGAGCAUCGCUACUGGGAGACGGACUGCGGCAACUACGCCGGCGCCCUCAUCUACUUCUGCUCCUUCUACGUCAUCAUCGCCUACAUCAUGCUCAACCUUCUCGUCGCCAUCAUCGUGGAGAACUUCUCGCUGUUCUACUCCACCGAGGAGGACCAGCUGCUGAGCUACAACGACCUGAGGCACUUCCAAAUCAUCUGGAACAUGGUGGACGACAAGCGGGAGGGCGUGAUCCCGACGUCCAGGGUGAAGUUCCUGCUGCGUCUGCUCAGGGGCAGGCUGGAGGUGGACCUGGACAAAGACAAGCUGCUCUUCAAGCACAUGUGCUACGAGAUGGAGCGACUCCACAGCGGGGGCGACGUCACCUUCCACGAUGUGCUCAGCAUGCUGUCCUAUCGCUCGGUGGACAUUCGCAAGUCUCUCCAGCUGGAGGAGCUGUUGGCCCGGGAACAGCUGGAGUACACCAUCGAGGAGGAGGUCGCCAAGCAGACCAUCCGCAUGUGGCUCAAGAAGUGCCUCAAACGCAUUCGUGCGGUGAGUUCUCCGCACGCCGCCGCCCCCGCCGCCUCGGCACGCGCACGUCUACCGCGUUUUGUCCUCGCUGUGCCGCAGCAGUCGUGUAGCAUCAUCCACAGCCUGAGAGAAAGCCAGCAGCAGGAGCUGAGUCGCUUCCUCAACCCCCCCAGCAUCGAGACCACGGUGCCGAGCGAAGACCGCAACGCCGACAACCCGUCGCAGCCUGAGAUGAGCGGCCUCCAGCAGAUGCUCAGUCCCACCUUGUCCGACAGAGGCGGCUACAGGCAGGACUCCUCCGACCUGGGCAAGCCGCAGAGGAAGCUGGGACAGUGGCGGCUGCCCGCAGGUCGCACCAGCGUCAAGUCCGUCGUGUGUAAGAUGAACCCCGUCCACGACGAGGCCUCCUCGGGGUCAGAGGUGAAGAAGUGGUGGACCCGUCAGCUGACGGUGGAGAGCGACGAGAGCGGCGACGACCUCAUCGACAUUUAGAGGAAGUAUUUCGCCGUCGAGCUGACACCUCUGGGAAGCGCGUUUCCCGUCCUCUGCGACUGUCGCUUCGUCGGCACAUCUGGCGAGCGUGAGCGGCGAGGAGGCGCUGGAUCGAUGAAGGAAAAGCUGCUCUCGUUUGUGUAUUCUGCUGCGAGGCUCUUUCGUGUCCCUUUCACUUGAUUUAUCACACGCAUAUGGCUUUUCUUCUGGUCACUUUAUCCACUUGUAGUUGCUAGACUGAGGGAGCGCACAUUGUCGCGGUGGCAAUAACAGCCGUGUGUUUGAACAAGCACGUAACGUUGCAAAGUCUCAAUGUUGUCAAGACGCAAGUUGACUCCGUGCAAGACGGAUGAAUGAUGACUUUUGUACACAGCGAAGCCCGAUAUUCCCUUUUUGUGUGCAGUGUUUCCGUUGCAAUUGUUUGGAUGAAAAUGAAAGCUACUAUGAGGAUUUUGUUUCUACACACCGCUAUUAUUCUGAAGUGUGCGCUGAAAAAGAUGACAGAUUUCUGACUGUAAAUGUAAUUGAAGCUCUAAACAAAUCUAUCUUCGAAUUAAAGGCUUACCGUGUGUAGGCGUU